AUGAGGGCAGAUGUGGUGGCUUUACCUGGCCUGUGCUGCCUGGAUCCAGCCUGCCAACGAUGGGGAUUAAGACUCCGCUGUGCCUGCACUACAGAGCCUGCAACAUACACCCAAAAUGUGAGGCUGGUGGAUGGGGAGAAACCAAGCGAGGGUCGAUUAGAAGUCCUUGUACCUGAUUACUCUACUGAAUGGCAGACAGUUUCUUCAUUUCGAUUCGGAUACGAUGAAGCGUCCGUUAUUUGCAGAGAGCUCGGAUACCCAGCCGCCAACAAUGAAGCUUCUUGGCGAUUUGGGAGGGUCCCUCACUCAAGUUUAGGGAUAGAAUGUAAUGGAGAUGAGGAGAACCUUGCCGACUGUUCUGUAGAUCCCGAUCAUACUAAUUUUUUUGCCUCAGAAGUGAUGUGCUACGAGAGGGGAUACAUAGGAUGUUACCCACUUGAUUCAUCUGAGUUUACCAAGCUUCAAAUCCCUUGCGGAAACAGAUAUGCUGACAGGCUUAACCUGACAGUAGAAAACUGCAUUUUGUGGUGCCGUCGCUCUGGAAACAUCUAUAGCUAUGCCGGUUUAGUCAACGGUGACACUUGCCUGUGUGGGAGUGCGUCUCUCGCCAUCAACCAGUCUUCGAGGGUAUCUGAAUCGUCAUGUCGCUCUGGAUGUACCGGAAGAAGAGUAAACAAUUGUGGUGGUUCGUCGUAUGUAGCUUUGUUAAACAUUGAGACAACAAAAACACCACAAAGAGUAUCAGACACUACCGACUCUAGAGAGAUAAUAGAUUACUCAUCUUUUUCUCCUGGGACAUCAUCUCUGUCUGGAAAUUACAUAUGUAAUCAGAAGACAGAAGUACAGCAUUUCAAAGACUGUGGUUUCCUUGGAUGCUAUCCAUUAGAUUUAUCAGAGUUUAGUGAAUUUGAAACCCCUUGCGGCAGAUACAACAAAUACGACAGGCAAAAUGUAACAAUAUCAAACUGCAUCACCUGGUGUGAACGCUCUGGUGACGCCUACGUCUAUGCUGGUGUACUUGAUGGUGCCACAUGUCUUUGUGGAGGUGCAUCCAUUGCCAUAAACCAGUCUGCCCGGGAACCUGAAACAUCGUGUAACACCCCAUGUAUCGGAAAGAGCAUUGAAUUUUGUGGAGGUUCGUCUCACGUCGCUAUAUUCAAUAUCGAGACACGCGGCAGCAGUCCAGAAAUUUUAGCGGAGACUACCAGCCCUUGCCCGUCUCUAGAGAUUAUGGACACUUCGACUCUGUCAGGAAAUUUAAAAACCAAUCAAAUGGCAGAAGUACAAUGCUCUCAAGGAGGGCAAAUUGGUCUGAUCACCGUGGUAGUCUUGGUCGUAGUUCUGUUGCUGUACGCAGUUGUCAUUACUUUCUUAUUUUUUCGACAGAGUCGCAAAAGACCAAUGACCAUGACUACGAAGACUGAACAUGCUGAAGGAAAAGGAGAUGAUUCUUACAUCGGCCUACAGCCCAGACAUGAGGAAGACAGGGCAUACCAGGAGAUGGCUAUCAUCCCAAAGACUUUGUCCAACGGUCCAGAAGAAAGAGCUCUGCCGCACCCAUUCACUGGUUUUGUCUACGAGAAUCAGUUUGCUGCUCCGUGCUAUCAAAAUAGAACCAAUGAGGGCGAAAUGUACGAAACAGUUUCCUCCACAAAUAAAGCAUAUUAAACUAUACAAGGGGUUUAUGACGACUCUACGUGUAGCAAGAAAAGCAGUUGGAACUGGAUCAAUGGGUCAAAUUAUUCUUCUGUUGUAGUACAAAGUAAGUCAGAGAAUAAAGCUACUAAUGUUUCAAUAUUUUUGUGCAGAAAGUUAAAUGUGG